GUUCGUGCUGUUCCAUACGUGCUGUCCCACACUCUCAAAAUUAGCCAUCGAACCCAACUAUGUCGACCGAAACAAUCCAAAGCCUCAGAACGAGCCUGUGCUCUGAGGAGACGCCUCUGGCCGUCCGAUUCCGUGCGCUAUUCUCUCUUAAACACCUGGCCCAGACCUCACAGUCACCAGAGAGUGUUGUUGCCGCUAUUGAGGCUAUUGCAGCCGCUUUCGCUUCCCCCUCGGCACUGCUCAAACAUGAGCUGGCAUACUGUCUCGGCCAGACAAGAAAUGAUGCUGCGAUCGAGCCUCUCCGCAACGUUUUAUCCGACCUUGAAGAAGAUCCUAUGUGCAGACACGAGGCUGCUGAGGCCCUAGGCGCUCUUGGCAACACAAGCAGUCUUGAAAUUCUUAAACAGUUCCGCGACCGCGAAGGAGAGGCAGUUGUAGUCACAGAAACCUGCGAGAUCGCUAUCGACAGAAUUGAAUGGGAGAACUCCGAGGCGAGGAAACAGGAGAAACUAAAGGCCAGUGACUUUGCUUCUGUGGACCCUGCACCCCCCAUGUCCGACACUGGGAAGACUGUUGACCAGCUGGGUAAUGAACUGAUGGAUACCAAGCUGCCUCUGUUCAUGCGCUACCGGGCCAUGUUUGCUCUCCGCGAUCUGGCCUCCCCUCCCGAUCUUCCCACAGCCGUCCCUGCCGUUGAAGCGCUUGCUAAAGGCUUUGCCGACGAGUCAGCGCUCUUCCGACAUGAGAUUGCCUUCGUUUUUGGUCAGUUGUCACACCCUGCUUCCAUCCCAGCCUUGACUGCCGCCCUCGGUGACCUCAACGAGGAAAGCAUGGUCCGUCACGAAGCUGCUGAGGCUCUCGGUAGCUUGGGAGAUGAAGAGGGUGUUGAGGAUACUCUUAAGAAGUUCUUGAAUGAUAAGGAACAAGUCGUUCGGGAAAGCGUUGUUGUUGCCCUCGAUAUGGCUGAGUACGAAAAAGGUGGUCAGGCAGAAUAUGCGUUGAUUCCUGAAGUUGCGGGUGCCUCCGCGUAA